AUGAGAAGGAAGCUGCACAUGCUGUGUGGUGUCAACAGCGAGCGAGCGCUGAUCGUGGACCUGCUUGCCAUCCUGUUCGGGAUCGGUUCCUGGCUCGGCAUUAACUCGGUGUACGUUCAGUUGCCGCUGUUGGUCAGCAGCGCACCGGAAGGGUGGAACCUACCCUCGUACCUGGUCGUCAUUAUACAGCUGGGCAACAUCGGCCCGAUCCUUUACACCGCCGCGCUACGCCUCAAGUCCUUCCGGGACGCGUACCUCAUCGUUGCGCUGCUAGCGGUCGGUUCCGGCGCCGCAAUGGCGACCGCCUUCGUGUACGACCGAACGGUGCAGGUGUUCGGUGCGGAACGAUCGGUGCCACUCUUCAUCACCGUGUUCGCCCUGUCGCUGGUCGGGUGCACCAGCUCGGUACUGUUCAUGCCCUAUAUGGGCCGCUUCAAGGGUAUCUAUCUCAUCACCUACCUGAUCGGCGAAGGUUUCAGCGGGUUCGUGCCGAGCAUUGUGGCGCUGAUCCAGGGCGUAGGUGGCAAUGCCGAGUGCCUACCGGUCAACGGUACCGACCCGGCAGAACCACCCCAGUACACGAGCCACACGCCGCCACCACGCUUCAGCACACGGCCGUACUUUAUCGUGUCGUCCGUGAUACUGGCGAUCAGCAUGGUGGCGUUUGUACUGCUCGAACGACUGCCCAUCUGUCGCCAGGAGUAUGCAGCUGUUUCGAUCGGAAAUGGCAACAACUACGCCUACGAGAAGAGCACACCCAACGAUGAGGAAUGCCGAUCGCAGUCGGAGAAGACGUCCUUGCCCGGCAAGGUUUCACUGGACCGCACCAACUACCUACUGCUGAUGGUGCUGAUCAGCAUCAUGUGUCUGUUUGGGAAUGGUUUCUUCCCUAGCGUACAGUCGUACUCCUGUCUGCCGUACGGUAAUGUAGCCUACCAUCUGACGGUGACGCUCAGCAGUAUGGCAAACCCGGUCGCUUGUUUCCUAGCGUUCUUCGUCCAGCGAAACUCGACACGCUCGAUAGUUGCCCUGUCGGUAGUGUUUGUCCCGUUCGCAGCGUACGCUCUCACUACUGCCAUCACGAGCCCCGAUCCACCGCUUAUGCACAACGUACUGGGAGAUAUUAUGGUGGUUGCCUGCUGGACGUUACUGGUUGGUCUAGUGAGCUACAUCAGACUAGCCAUCACGACACUACUGCGCACCGAAGGCGGACAAACGCUCGUCUGGGUAGGUGUAGCGUCGCAGCUGGGGUCCUUGGUUGGCUCACUACUGUCAUUCACGUUGGUCAACUAUACCGAUACAUUCGAGCAAUACUAUCCAUGUUAA